AUGAGAGACCUUCUUAAGUAUUGCAAGAGAAGGGGCCUGCUGAUAGAGCUGGGCGAGAAGGCGAUACUAGUUAUCAGGUCAGAGAGAGGCCUGGCCCAUAAGCUGGCCACCUUUAAAAGCCAUUCCUUAUUAAUAAGGAUUUGUUACGCGCGAUAUGCCGACGACUUACUACUGGGAAUCGUGGGUGUCGUAUUUCUUCUCAUAGGAAUACAAAAAAGUAUCACCCACUUCCUACAAUCCAGUCUGAACCUUUGGGUAGGCUCUGCAGGAUCAACAACCAUAGAUGCACGGAGUACGGUAGAAUUCCCCGGUAUGGUCAUUCGGGAAGUCCCCCCGAGGACGACUCCCAUACAAUUCUCGCGAGAGCUGGAGAAGCAACGACGGGUAAAGCACCGUAUCCAUAUAACUGCUUGCCAUCUACACUCCGCCAUCCAUUCCAAGUUUAGGGACCUAGGUUAUAGUAUCCCUAUCAAAGAGCUAACGAAGGGGAUGAGCGGAAGAGUUUGUCUACUGGAUGCGGUUCAACUAGCGGAGACUCUUGGAAAAGAUGGACUAAAAAGUCCCCAAGUUAGCAUAUUAUGGGGGACCGUCAAGCACAUCCGGCAAAGAACGAGGAGGAUCUCGUUAUUGCCUAGCUCAGGUCAGAGCAAGGUGCCAUCAGGCAUUCAACAGGCAGUAUCAUGA